AUGGUGCACUACUCGAUCGUGGGCCGCGUCGACUCGCAAGAAGUCACGGUUUGUGAGCGUCUACUGGACAUCCUCGCCAUGAGUAUGCCCGAUUUCACGAUCGAGAAAGAAUUUUGCCUUCCCGCUGCGUGGAGAGGCCGUCUGGACGAAAUCGUGCAAACAUUUGGGUACUCGCUCCCAGGGCUCAAACCGCUUAUAGUCUCGAGCAAUGGACGUCUCGUAGCCACAUCCGCGGACGACUUCACUCGUUUUGUCCUUGUGCAGUACGGCGUCCGCGUCGAUUUGACGGCCGAGCAAGUUGCCAACUACACAGUCGCCAACCACGAUUUGCUGCUCGCAAAUGCACCGCCAGUUGACCAAUAG